AUGAUCUUAUAUCUGAUCCAGGAAAACGUCCCCCUAUCGAAUCAUAUGAUCCUAAUAUCAGAGAUGAUGUUAGGAUGGCAUAUUUGCAAAAAGGUCAUUGUCAACCACAUGGACAUGACUUUCCAAGAAGACGGAUAGGAAAUGAUAAUAGGUGUUUUCGAAGAGAAUGGUUUUCUGAAUUUUAUUGGUUGGAGUACAGUAUAGAAAAUGAUGCGGCUUAUUAUUUGCAUUGCUACUUAUUCAAACCAGAUAGAGGGGGUCAAGGGGGUGGACAUAUAUUCACUAAGACUGGCUUUAGGGAUUGGAAGCACAAAAGUACAUUGAAAGAUCAUGUCGGGCUCAUUGAUAGUGCUCAUAAUCAAGCUUUUGCAAAGUGUACCAAUUUGAUGAAUCAAAAGCAAAGUAUCUCCCAUGUUAUUUCUAGUCAAAGUAGUAGUCAACAAAAAAAUUAUAGGACAAGGUUAACUGCGGUGCUAGACUGUACUAGAUUUCUCUUGAUGCAAGGAUUGUCAUCUCGUGGUCAUGAUGAAUCGAGAAAGUCUCUUAAUAAAGGAAAUCUGAUUGAGCUACUAAAUUGGUAUGCAACUCGUCAUAAGAAAAUUAAUGAAGUACUAUUUAGUAAUGCUCCUGGAAAUGACCAAAUGACUUCACCAAGCAUCCAUAAGGAUUUGGUUAAUUGUUGUGCUGUUGAGACGACAAGGUCUAUGAUCAAUGAGAUGGGCGAUUCCUUGUUUUCAAUUUUGGUUGAUGAGUCUCGUGAUAAUUUUGUAAAAGAACAAAUGGCAGUUGUUUUGAGAUUUGUUGACAUAAGUGGACAAGUGAAGGAGCGUUUAUUGGGUAUUUGCCACAUCGUUGAUACUUGUGCCCAAUCACUCAAGGAUGCCAUUGAUGCAAUAUUUUCUACGCAUGGGUUGAAUCUAGUCUGA